AACUGUCGCUUUUCAUACUCUUCUCUCUGUAUUUAGAUUAGAUUUCUUCAAAGUGGCUAAUAACCCCUUUUGGAAGAAUUCUCUCUCGAUGUAUUUCUGUGCCUAGCCACCGAAUUCAAUCUCAGGAACGAAGAAGAAAGGGAUAUUCAAUUCCACAUGGCUCCGUCAUUUUGACGACACUUCCACAGUUUCAUACUCCGAUUUCUGUCUCCGAUCAAAGAAUAGCGGUGCGAGUCCUGCCUGAGAUCUGGGGCGGGAUUCGGAUUAUUAUUAGGUCAUCCCUUCCGCGAGAUUUUGUAUUGGGUGUCACCCCAGAGACCUGAUCUGUGGAUCUUUCGUUUGUUUCGUUGCCUAGGGUUCUAAUUCGGCGCUGGAUCUGUCUGUUUUCUUGAUUUCGGAAGGGAGGGCAGAGAGAAAUCAAGAUCCUGGCUUGUUUCGGAUUGGGUUCUGUGGUCGUAUUAUGAGAUUCUGAGGAGGUUGGUUUUAAUGGAGGCAGAAGGAGCACCAGUUGAUAACAAAACAUACAAAGUUGAUAUUAAAUUCAGACUUGUUGAUGGCAGUGAUCUUGGACCGCACCAGUAUGAUUCCACUAGCACUGUGGAAACCCUAAAAAACAAGAUACUUGAAUUAUGGCCCAAAGAUAAAGAAAAUGGGCCAAAGGACAUCAAGGGUUUGAAGCUCAUUAUCAAUGGGAAGAUACUUGAAAACAACAAAAAAGUUUCCGAGUUUUUAAUUAUGCCUCCCGGGGUUGCAGAAAAAGGUGUCAUCACUAUGCAUGCUGUUGUGCAAAAUCCUGUGUUGGACAAAAGCAAAGAUAGAAAGAAAGAUGACAACACCCCCAUAAAGAGCAACUGUUCAUGCUCGAUCAUGUAACUCAUCUGACAAACAAUCAUAAUUCGGCUCGGUAUCUUCAACCUGUUAAAGAAUUGGCCUUCUAGUCUGGUAUGGUUAAAGGUGGUUCCUUGUAAAUUGUAAUUCCCUGAGUAGAAGAUAGCAGAAGUCAAGGAAAGCGGUGAGGACAUGGCUGAUUUUGCCCCAGAAGUUUGAAACCCAACCUUUUAUUCAUUAUUAAUUGUCUGUUGGCAUCCAUUAUGUGGGAAGGGAGACAAAAUGUUGUUGAGAAGAGCUCAUAGGUUGGCUUUGUUUCUUUUUUUUUUCUUUCUUGUUUUGUUCCGAAUUCAUUGUUAAAGAAUGUGUUGAAACAAAGUGUGAUCCUACACUAUGAUGUUUGCUUAUGUUUUAUCUACCAUUUAUGCACCUUCAUACUGCAUAUUACAAGUGCCCUUAUUGCUAAGCUCUUUGUUCAU